UUACAGGGAGCUAGUGGUAGCCAGGAUGAUCUAUCGUUUGAUAUGCCAUACCAAUUACAGUCUCGAGUACAGUCGCCACCACCCCCCAUACCUACACCACCACCCCCUGUUCGUUCACCUUCUCCACCAAGACAGACACCUUUAAUGCCUGUAACCAUGUCAGCUACACCAGGCCAGUCCCUUCAGAUCUUACAAGUUCCAACAGACACUCCAACAAUUUCUUUUCGGGCAGACCUAGAGGCAAUACAGCCGGACAUUUGCACAAUAUGUAUGGACCGUCAAAGAAAUGCAAUUUUGUUGCCUUGUUUCCACCCAUUUUGUAGCGUGUGUGCAACGCAUUUUGAAGUGAACAACAGUGUUUGUCCUAUCUGCAGGACAAAAAUUGGGAAAAUGUGCUUUGUGGACUGUUAAUUUCCUUACUAAGUUUUGUGUGGCUUAAAAUCAUUUAGCAUCUUCAAACAUUUUAUGCCCCUC